CCUUCCCUGGCUUUUCUUCCAGUACCGAUCGUCCCCACCUUCCUUUAUACAACAGAAUACGAAGGCACCAACACCUCUGUUGCCUCAGCCUGGACUGAGAUGGCUCCUCCAGCCUUGAAGAGCAGCCACCCGCCACAGCCCCCCGCCAGCAGCCCCCCACUGCCGCGCGGCUGCCCGGAGGGCGAGGAGUUCCUCGCCAAGGAGAACGUCCGCGUGGGGCUGCUGUUUGCCUCCAAGGCUUUCGUACAGCUGGUGGUCAACCCGUCCGUGGGCCUCCUGACCAACAGGGUAGGGUACCACAUCCCCAUGUUCAUCGGAUUCGUUAUCAUGUUCCUCUCCACAGUCAUGUUUGCUUUUUCAGGCACCUACACCUUGCUGUUCAUCGCCCGAGCCCUCCAAGGCAUUGGGUCGUCGUUCUCAUCAGUGGCAGGCUUGGGCAUGCUGGCCAGCGUGUACACGGACGACUUCGAGAGGGGCAACGCCAUGGGGAUCGCUCUUGGAGGCUUGGCCUUGGGUGUGCUAAUCGGGGCCCCUUUUGGGAGUGUGAUGUACGAAUUCGUGGGGAAAUCAUCUCCCUUCCUGGUCCUGGCAUCCCUGGCUCUCUUGGAUGGAGCUUUGCAGCUCUGCAUACUGCAGCCCGCUAAGAUCUCCCCCGAG